CCCAUUGUUAUCUACUCAUUAACUUCAUUCCCAUUUCAAGCUUUCUGGUUUUUGGCCCUCCAUUUUCUUCUGUUCCAAUGGCCAAGAACAUUUCAAGAUUGAAUCAUAAUAACUACAAAGCAUUUCAUGUUUUGGGGCUUUUUAGUCUUUUGCUGUUGAUCCAGAAAGGUGGUGCAUAUCAGUUCAAGGUUGGUGAUUCAAAUGGUUGGACACUCCCUACUGAUUAUAGUGCUCUCAACUAUGAUAAAUGGGCACAAAAAAACAGAUUUCAAGUCGGAGACACUCUACUGUUCGUCUACCCAGCAGACAAAGACUCAAUGUUUGAAGUAAACUGCGAUGACUACAGAAACUGCAACACAGCAAACCCCAUUGCAAAACACAGUGACGGCCACACAGUGUUCAAGUUCAGCCAAUCCGGGCCAUUCUACUUCAUAAGUGGAGUCAAAGACAACUGUCUCAAGAAAGAGAAGUUGCAUGUGAUUGUCAUGGCAGAUCGAACCAACAACCAAACCACCGUUGCUUCUCCUCCACCUUCAGGAUCAUCAACGAAAACUCCCGCUCCAGCCCCCGCUCAUCAGGAGCCUCCCUCUCCACCCCCGGCACCAGUACCGAUGACCCCAUCUCCGGCUCCUUCUACUUAUCAGACCCCUCCUCCGAGUGGUUCAGUAGAGAUAAACCCAUCUCCCGCUCCUGCCGCUGAUCAGACGCCUUCUAAAAAGAGUGGUGCAUCUUCCAUUGUCAUGAGUUUUAUUGGUUCCAUUGGAGCUAUUCUGGGUUCAUCUCUUCUUUUGGCUUUCUAACUCAGUGAUUUAAAGUAAGAGUUGGAUUGAACUUACUUGUUUUUUUGUUUUUUGAUUGCUCGUGAUUUUUUUCACCUUGAUUUCAGUGGGUUCAUCUGGGUCUUCAAGGUCGAUUUGUAUUUGAUAUUUGUUGUUUGAUAUAGUUAAGGAAUAAGCUGAGUUUGUGUAUACUCUUGGUUAAUUAUAUCGUUACCAUGUAAAAACAACCUAUAAAAGGAAAUAAAUUGGUUUUGUGACA